UUACCGGGUAAUAGUUUGACUGGCGCUUCAGCGUGUGCUUGAAAAGUGAUUACAGAAAUGUCAUGAAUUAAAUUUCAAAAGGAUCGUCUUUACUUAAAUAGUUCUCAUCUUUAUGCAGCAAUAAAACUGAAUGGUGCUGAGUGUCUGUCAGAGCUAAAAAGAAAAAAAAGAAAAAAGGAAAAUCUGUUAAUGCGGAAAUAGGAAGAAACCUCUGUCCGUUUUGCCCUACAGUCUAGCCACUAUGCUAGCAGCGCUGGCCUGCGCAGGCCUGGGUCAUUAGGACAGCCGCCACAGUCACGGAGUUAGCAGUGUUGCUGGUUGAGCUACCUUAAGAUAGAUAGAUAGCUACAUGUUAUCUGAACGAGUCUCACGUUUGUUGUUUUAACGCAGUAUUGUUCGUAAUCAUGAGAAAGGACGUAAGGAUAUUGCUAGUCGGGGAACCUAAAGUUGGGAAGACCUCACUAAUUAUGUCGCUUGUCAGUGAGGAAUUCCCUGAUGAGGUCCCUCUCCGUGCUGAGGAAAUCACAAUUCCUGCUGAUGUUACCCCAGAGAGAGUGCCUACACAUAUAGUAGACUACUCAGAAGCAGAACAGUCAGAUGAGCAGCUGUAUCAAGAAAUAUCUAAGGCAAAUGUCAUAUGCAUAGUCUACUCUGUAAACAACAAAAAGUCUAUAGAGAAGGUGACAAGCCAUUGGAUUCCACUUAUCAAUGACAGAACAGACAAGGACAGCAGAGUGCCACUAAUUCUGGUGGGAAAUAAGUCUGACCUGGUGGAGCACAGUAGCAUGGAGACAAUUCUACCCAUAAUGAACCAGUACUCAGAAAUCGAGACUUGUGUUGAGUGUUCUGCAAAAAACCUGAAGAAUAUCUCAGAGUUGUUCUACUAUGCCCAGAAGGCUGUUCUGCACCCCACAGGGCCUCUGUACUGCCCAGAGGAAAAAGAGAUGAAACCAUCUUGCAUCAAAGCACUUACUCGAAUCUUCAAAAUAUCGGACUUGGACAACGACGGCAUCCUAAAUGAUAAUGAGCUCAAUUUCUUUCAGAGGACCUGUUUCAACAUGCCACUGGCCCCUCAAGCCCUGGAGGAUGUAAAAAAUGUUGUGCGGCGGAACAUGACAGAUGGGGUGAAGGGCAAUGGCCUCACCCUUAAAGGCUUCCUGUUCCUGCACACACUGUUCAUCCAGAGAGGACGGCAUGAGACAACGUGGACCGUGCUCCGCCGGUUUGGGUAUGAUGAUGACCUGGAGCUUACGCAGGAAUACCUGUUUCCACUAUUAAAAAUCCCUCCAGAGUGCACUACAGAGCUGAAUCACAAUGCUUACCUCUUCCUGCAGAGUGUCUUUGACAAGCAUGACAAGGACCGUGACUGUGCUCUGUCCCCUGACGAGCUGAAGGACCUGUUUAAAGUCUUCCCUUACAUGCCCUGGGGUCCUGAUGUCAACACCACAGUCUGCACCAAUGAGCAGGGCUGGAUCACCUACCAGGGCUACCUGUCUCAGUGGACGCUGACAACAUAUUUAGACAUGCAGCGCUGCUUGGAAUACCUGGGUUACCUUGGUUACUCCAUCAUUCAUGAACAGGAGUCACAAGCUGCUGCCAUCACAGUGACCAGAAACAAGCGCAUUGACCUGCAGAAGAAGCAAACCCAACGCAACGUGUUCCGCUGCAACGUCCUGGGAGCAAGAGGGAGUGGCAAGAGCGGCUUCCUGCAGGCCUUCCUGGGCAGGAACUUAGCCAAACAAAAAAGGAUCAGGGAUGACCACAAAUCCUACUAUGCUAUCAGCACCACGUAUGUCUAUGGGCAGGAGAAGUACUUGCUUCUGCAUGAGGUUCUCCCAGACUUUGAGUUCCUCUCAGAAACUGAUCUGGCCUGUGACAUUGUCUGCCUGGUGUAUGACAUCAGUAACCCCCAUUCCUUUGAGUACUGUGCAAAGGCCUAUAAGAAGUACUUCAUAGACAGUAAGACUCCGUGCAUGUUUAUUGCUGCCAAGUCUGACCUACACGAGGUGCGCCAGCAGUACGGCCUGUCACCACUGGACUUCUGCCGGCGGCACAAGCUGCACCCACCCCAGCUGUUCACCUGCAACACGGCUGAUGCACCCAGCAAAGACCUCUACAACAAGCUCACCACCAUGGCCAUGUAUCCCCACACCAAGCUUCGCUGCAGGUGCACCUGCAACAGGUGCAACCUUUGCCUCUGUCAGAACCUGCUGAACUGUGAGCUCCUGCGCUCGAUCAGGGCCAUACUCUACAGUGGUGUUCUGAUCAGGUUGGGGCUCUGGGUUGAUGAGCUGAGUGCAUAUCUUUCCACUGAUGAGGAGUCCAGCCUCAUCCAUCAGGUGCAUGCAGUCAGCUUUGUAGAGGACUCAGUCUACAUGGAAUCAUCUGUCAACCACCUUGGGCCCAGUCACAUGACCCAGGCGGACCUGAAGAACUCUACGUUCUGGCUGCGGGCCAGUGUUGGUGCAACCGUAUUUGCCGUGUUGGGCUUUGCCAUGUACAAAGCUCUGCUCAAGCAGCGAUGAUCAGUUCCAGCCAGCAUGUGACUAUGACACUAUCCCUUAAAAAAAACAAACAAAAACAAACAAAAAAACACACCUUUCUUCUAUCCCGGACAUUCCCCUUUUGAGAGGAAAUGGACAUAGAAUAAUGAUAGAUAGCUACAUUUUGAG